AUGAGCCGCAGCCCGCUGGGUGCCUCGCCGAACCCCUCUGACGACGCACAGACCUCCAACACGAUGGGAAACAAACGAGAAUUGGCGACCCGCAACUGGGAUACCAACGGUUCUGCAGGCAUGUCGCCCAUGGGCUCGGUUGCACAUGUGCCGAUGAACAACUUGCCCUCGUCGGUCGGAGGGCCAAGCUCUGCUACUAAUGCGCCAAUGACCACCAAUGCCAUGUCCCUUCAGCCCGCCGUAUCGGCCGCCCCUGCCAUGAUGCCCAUGGGAGGCGCCUCGCCGUUAAAGUCGAACGCACCUACCUCUUCCUCCCUCCUGGGCGGCAACGACAUGGCCCCAUUCUCUGGCUCCUUCUCCGAUGGUGCUUCUGCCCCGACUUCGUUUCCACUCAACGUCCCUGGAAACUUUUCUGACAUGAUCCGCCAAGGAAAUGGAAUGAUUAGCUCUCAGCCUGUGAGCUCGCUCCCGUCGUCCCUGUCGGCUGUGCCGCUGGGAUCGACAGUGCCUUCGUCCGCCGGCGGAACGGAUCUAAGCGCCUUGACGGUAUCCACACCGCAGGCCGCUCCUACCUUGCCGGAAGAGCAGCAAAAAUCCAACAAGGCGGCUGACCCUCGCGGUGUCGGCGAGAUCGGUGCUGCGUCUGGCCUGUACAUGCUGAGCCAGAGCAUCAGCGACCCCAAGCUGAAAAAGGAAGGCGAAGAGGAAGAAAAGACUGUAAACGGAACGUCGAAAGACGCUGCGAAGCGGAAGCGCGAUGAUCGUGGAGGCAAGAGCAUGGUCAAUGGUGAUGCAUCGCCCUCGAAGCACGGCUCUGAAACGACUCGCUCCCUGAAGCGCGAUGCCGAACAUGGCACAGAAGACGACGAAGUGCAUUCGGACAACGACUCGGACAACGACUCGAAGCGCAAGAGCUUCCUGGAGCGGAAUCGUCAGGCGGCCUUCAAGUGCCGGCAACGGAAAAAGGCCUGGCUCGCAUCACUGCAAGCCAAGGUCGAGUACCUGCAGUCGGACAAUGAGUCGCUGCAGAACACGGUCGAGGCGCUGCGGGCCGAGGUCCUCUUUCUCAAGUCUCAGCUGAUGCAGCACCAUGGCCACUCUGCGAUGGAUGGCGACGGGAAAGACGUACAUGCUGACUCCAACCGUUCGCUGUCUGGCCCCUACUCGCCGAUGAACGUCAGCGUUCCAAGCAGCUUUGUCGGCUACCCUGCGCAAGGCAAUGUGUCGCACCCUCUCUUGCCCAACAUUUCGCCUGUACCGCAGGUUUCACAUCCCCCUCAACCUUCCAUGUCCCAACCGGGGCUUGACAGUGCGAUGUCGAGUGUGCCGGCUACCGGUGCGCUUGCCGCCUAUGCGACGCCGGGCUUGCCUCGCAUGACGCAGAUGCCUGCGACACAGCCGAUGCUCUCCCCCUAUGCCCAAGCACCGCAUGGCUACGCUGCUGCGCGAGGCAACGACUAA